UGGGAGCAGGGGGAGCAGUGAAGUUGGGAAAGCAUCCCACAAACCUCUCCAUCUUUCCACAGCCAUGAAUCCCUACGUCAACUGCUCCAGUUCCGAGUUCCCCCUGCCCCAGCAAGACUUCCCUGUGGAGCCCAUCAGCCCUGAUCUCAGCAACAGGACUCACCCAGAGACCUUUUUUGACCCUAAGGAUGCCAACCUGACAGAGGAGCAGCUGCGGGAUAAGUACCUGGGCCCUCGACGGUCCAACUUCUUUGUCCCAGUCUGUGUCAUUUACCUGCUGAUCUUCUUGGUGGGGUCCGUGGGCAACACGCUCACCUGCAUCGUCAUCCUCCGGCACCGCUUCAUGAGGACGCCCACCAACUACUACCUGUUCAGCCUGGCCGUGUCUGACCUGCUAGUGCUGCUGCUCGGGAUGCCUCUGGAGCUCUACGACAUGUGGAGCAACUACCCUUUCCUGCUGGGGGCCAGUGGCUGCUAUUUCAAGACGCUGCUCUUCGAGGCCGUCUGCUUUGCCUCCAUCCUCAACGUCACAGCCCUGAGCGUGGAGCGCUACAUCGCUGUGGUGCACCCACUCAAAGCCAAGUACGUGGUGACCAGGAACCACGCCAAGAGGGUCAUUGUCACCAUCUGGGUCUUGUCAGUCAUCUGCUCCAUCCCCAACACCAGCCUCCACGGGCUGCAGCCUCUCUACGUGCCAGGACGGGGGCGGGUGCCCGAUUCAGAGAUCUGCACCCUGGUGAAACCACGCUUGACUUACAAUCUCAUCAUCCAGGUCACCACCAUCCUCUUCUUCUUCCUGCCCAUGGGGACCAUCAGUGUCCUCUACCUUCUUAUUGGGCUGCAGCUCAAGAAAGAAAAGAUGCUGGAAGCCUUGGGAGCCAAGUCCGGCAGCAGCCGCAACUGCCACAACCACCAGGGGCAGAAGAAAGUCAAGAGGAGGCAGGUCACAAAGAUGCUGUUCGUGCUGGUGGUGGUGUUUGGCAUCUGCUGGGCUCCCUUCCACACCGACCGCCUUGUCUGGAGUUUUGUAUCCACCUGGACCAGCAACAUGCUCCACAUGUUCCAGUACGUCCACAUCAUCUCAGGGGUCUUCUUCUACCUGAGCUCGGCUGCCAACCCCAUCCUCUACAACCUGAUGUCCAGCCGCUUCCGGGAGAUGUUCAGGGAGGCGAUGUGCCGGCCCGGGCGCCGCCCGCCCUGGGCCCGCCGGCACUCGCCCAGCGUCACCCGCACCGCCAGCCGCAGCACCGAGUGCGAGCCCGCGCCCAGCGCGCUGCCCCUCUCUGACGCCGAGGAGUACGAGCUGGAGGACGUGGAGAGGGGCCAGGCCACCACCCACGUAAUGUCCCUCUGCUGAAGAGUGGGAGGACAGGGAAGGACUCUGGGACCAGCUCUCCUCACCGCCGGCUUCCAUCUGACUGUGGCGCUCAUGCUGUGGUGGGGAGCGGGGCAGGAGCGAGGGGGAGUCCCUGCCUCUCUGUGCUGUCCCACUGGCAUGGAAAGGCUGGUUGUGUCAGCAGCACUGCUCCAGGGACAUGGUGGCAGUGACCUGGAUGCAUAGCAAAUGAUCCCGCUGUCCUCAGCACCAGGCCUGGCCAGGGCAUCCCUUGUGGUAUGGGGACAGCUGACUUCUAUGUCAGGGGUAUGUCAGCAAUCCCUAAAAAUAUUCCAUCCCUUCUGGCCCAGUGGGGUGCACCUGCAGGUACUGGAGAUGGGGACUUAGGCAUCCCAGGCUGUUUUGGGACACAGGGAUGGAUGGGUGCCCCCAGAGGUGCUUGCACCUGGGCUGAGAUCCAGGGCUGUGUGAGAGGUUUGCAUGGGAUUCUGGAAAAAUCCCAUGGGAAAAAAAACUGUCUGUGGAUGCCUUCUCCCUUGAGACCUCUUCAGGGCUGUCUGGCACCAAUGUAACCCUGAUUUUCUGGCACAUCUCUUCAGUGGUGCCAGCCGGUGCCUGGCUGCAGGGUGCUGGUACAGGUCCUUGCUCCCAGCCUUUCUCAUGCCCUGCAUUCCCAGCCCUUUAAAGGCAAGGGAAGGAGCAUGGCUACUCCCUCCAGAGCUGGAUCUGGGGGUGGAAAAUAUGGGACAAAGGGAUCUCCAGGCUGUCUGUAGUGCCAAGGCAGAGCUCCAUAACUGUCUGUGUCACAUGAAUAUGCUCUCCCCUCUCUGACCAGCAUGUUCUAGGUGCCAAUCUCUUCUUCCUCUGCCCACCGUGGUCACCUGAUCUUGUGCGGAAUGUGGGGAGCCCUCUUCAUCCCUGCCCUGCAUGGGCUGAGCCUCACUGAGAAUUAAAAAAGCCACUGGCC